AUGCCUAUGUUCGAACGGACCAUACCACCACCCAUGUGGUCAUCCUUUCCAUCCAACAGACUAGAUACUCGCCAUCGCGGCUCUACCAUCUCCAUCUCCCCCGACUUCCCAAACACCCUACCAACCCCGAUCCCCAUAAUGGGGCCCAAUCACUCCCAACCUCGCAGCAGCCGCUCCUCUCUCAUCAACUUCUGUCGCGGCGCAUCCUUCCGAAAGAAGAAGGCCUCAUCCUGGGAUCCCCCCUCCUACGAAGAAUCACAAUCCCACCCAAAAGUAUCCUCAAAGUCACCCCGACCAUCCACAGAAUCCGACUCCGACUCUCGCUACUCCUUCCUCAAAGAUUUUGACACGAUCUUCCUCGUCGAUGACAGUUCCAGCAUGAGCGGGCCUCGCUGGGCCGAAGCCGAAAAAGCCAUUUCAGCUAUCGCACCUAUCUGCACCCAGAACGACGCAGACGGUAUUGACAUUUACUUCCUCAAUCACCGCCGCGCGUCGACAGCGUCUACCACGGGAGUCUACAGCAACAUCACCACCGCCGAAGACGUCCGCGAGAUCUUUCACAGCGUUCAUCCCCGCGGCUCUACACCCGUCGGUCGACGACUCCUGCAAAUCCUCACUCCAUACCUACACCGCGUGCAGGCCAUGCAAGCCGCCCGCACGGCCGACGGAUACCUCUCCAACCCUGCGCUCUACGUCAAGCCAGUCAACAUCAUCACUAUCACAGACGGCGAGUUCACCGACGACGCGGAGAGCGUUAUCGUCCAGGUUGCUCGGGUCCUUGAUAGUGCGGGUUCUGGAGCGUUGCCGUGGCAGGUGGGCAUUCAAUUUUUCCAGAUUGGAGAGGAUGAGAGGGUGAGACGGUAUUUGCAGGAGUUGGAUGAUGAUUUGGGCAAGUGGUGUCGGGAUGAGAAGGUGCGGGAUAUCGUGGAUACGGUGCCGUGGAGGGGGAGGAGUGGGGAGGUGCUGGAUGCGGAGGGAAUUUUGAAGUGUGUACUGGGGGCGAUUAAUAAGAAGUAUGAUCGGAGAGUGGUACAGUAG